ACGACUAUAUUCCGUCAUCAUUCUCCAUUUCCUGAUAUCUAAGUUCCCAGAAGAGAGAAGGGUGGAUUUAAGAGCAAGAGCCGUUUCAGACGAGGUUGGAUUAAGGUAUGCGGUCUUCGAAUCAGGUCAUGAGUUAAUUAUUAUUUACUUGUACACGAGGCGUUUAUCAACUACAGCAUGUUCGAGCACCAAAUCAUGCCUGUAUUGCAUUAAGUACCUGUGGGGUAAGACGUAGUGAUGUCAUCGGUGCCGCAUUGGCUUAAGAGGGCGGAUCCUUUACCUUGACUUGAAACUUAUCUGAUGGCAGAAAAAAGAGAACUUGACAGUAGUUCUGCGGAACUUCCACUCGCAAAGCGAAUAAAACUAGCCCGACCGUUCCUUCGAAAAUACAAGGUUCUUCUCGACGAGGUCAAUGCGCAAAGUCUAGGAUUUCUGAGGCUCCUAUUGGUCAAUGCUUGGAAGAGACCCCCAAAAGUACAAACUUCCUUCACAUUCUCUGAAGUACCACACUUUAUGUUGCGGAAUCGUUUGGGCAUUCGAACGACCGGUAAUAAUAUAAUCAAGAGUCGGUUGGAGCUACGACAAAAUUCCAAAUAUUAUGCCGUCGACCUCGAGCCUUUAUGCCAAGAGCUUGAAGUCAUCUAUGUGUCUCCAACAUUUAUGCAAGUAGCUCUGCACCGCGUCUGUAUCAUUAACGAAAUUCUUCCUUCAUCUAGAACCAGGUGGCGUCUCGCUCAAUUGUCAGCGCCUAUCUCUCUUUCAUCGCCGCAACCAAGAAAAAAGACCGCGAAGCCCAUAUCGAGGCUGCUAUCGAAGCCAGGAUUGAAACCAGUCCCAAUCUCGAUAUAACACCCCUCAUACCCCCCAAUUCCGACCCAGUGCUGUCACCUUUUCUAAAGACACCAGAAGGUGCAGAGUGCCCUUCGACGCUCGCCGAGUUCAGCACCGACGAUAAAGUGAAUUUUGUGUGGUGGGGAAACCGGCUCCUCGCAGGCAGUACGAUCACAUCCGAGUUGGAAGGCGUCAGGGAUCUAUGGAAUCCUUACCUAUACCCAGAGAUAGACAUCGACUCUGCUGUCCCCAAAGGUGCAUCUC